AUGGACUAUUUGCCCGAUCUCCCUCCGCCACCCAUUCUACCUCGUUCUUUACAACGAAAACCGACAGCGAUAACGGAGAUCGUCACAGAACCAGAGCCCAUACCAGAAUCAGAGUUCGCAAUAGGAUCAGAGUCCACUUUAGUACCAGAUCUCACACCAGAUCCAGAGCCUAUUCUAGAACCAGAAUCCCCACCAGAACAGAAGUCCUCAACUCAACGAAAAUCCGCGCCAGAGAGACUCCCAAAGCCCUCACAGGGCGAAGCUUCCAAUCAAAAACCUCAAGAUACACCCCCUCAAUCAGUCGAGGAAGAACUAGCAUGCUAUAUCCUAGCCAUCCAAGAAGACCACGAAACGGAAAUCGGCUUCCUCCAACGAGACCUGCACCGCGAAAGAACCAAACGCAUUCACCAAACCCAAGAACACAUUCGCGAGACCGAAACACUGAAAGCCCAAGUCCAAGAUCUUACCGCCCAAUUAGAAGCAAUAAAAGCCUCAAUCCCAGGGACUUUCGAAAACAAAUGUUCCUCUCUGCAAAAACUCACCCAGGAAUUCCCGCAAAUCAAGACGAAAGAACUGGCGAUUCUGGUUUGCGAAACGUAUUCCACAAUCGAUCUUCUCAAUCUGCUGAACCCACUAGGCUCCUCAUCCGAACCGGUGACGAAGAAAAGAUAUGGCAAUGAUAGUAAGAUCUGGUGCUCGGUGUUCUUGACUUAUGUCGAGAUCUUGCAUUCGCUUUACUCUCAGACAUAUCCUGGACUUUUAUCCCAAGUCUUGAAGUUCCAUCGUGAGAUUUUGCAACUUGCUGAGAGGUACUCGUGGAAAGAUCAGGUUCUUCCUUUGGCGCUUUUUCACCAUGGGAUGGUGAGGAAGAAUGAUGUGACAAAGGCGGAGAACUGGGAGAUUCCUGAGACGACUAGGAGGAGGUUUUGUCCUGAACCUGUUGUGGAUGUGGUGAGUGUGAAGGAACAGAGCUUCAAGAUGGGAAAGGGGAAGGAGAAUGAGAAGAAGGAAAAGAGAAAGAAACCGCCUGAGAGAUUGACGGAGCGCGAUUUCAUGCUAGGGUAUACUCCUUGGUGGGAGAGACUUACGGGAAUCUUUGGAAACAGGAGCAGUGUAAGUUUGGGUAUGAUGAGAUUUGGAUAGUGGCUGAUGUCUGCAGGGUUGUCUCGUCAUGGCGCAUUUGGAUGGAAUUAUGGGAAGAGGUUCAAAGAUAUCUAAUUAA